AUGUUUUUGUGGCUUAAACUCUUAGCAUUUGGUGUUGCAUUUCUGGAACAGGAUGCUUUGGUCAAAGCUGGAGAAGAAAAUCUGGCAAAUGCCAGAACUCCCUCUGUGUCACCUCCACCUGCACACUCCACAUCACUCUCACCUCCAGCAGGAGAUGAAAAUCUGGCAAACAGCAGCUCUCCCUUCCUUUCGUUACCUCCACCCACACAAUCCACAUCACUCUCACCUCCUGGCACAUCUGAAGGGGCUGAGUCAGCAACAACUGCACCUGGAUUCUCUCCUGCAGACAACACAAACCUCUCCAUCCACACAGGCUCUGUCCCUGCCAUGAGACUCAGGACCCCAGCACACAGCAGCAGAAAAAUCACCACACUCACUCCCAUUGCCUUCAAGAAUGAUUACAAUUCAACAUCCUUGCACAGCACCAUCUCACCAGUCAGCAUGCCAGCAAACACUGGGAUCAUCCCCACUCACACAAUAGAAGCUUCUGUGAUGACAACUGAAGAAUCCUGUGAUGAUAUUGCCUAUCACAUAGAAAAUACAACAGAUCAAAAUAACAUGGCUACAGUUACACUAAAAAAUCUCAAACCAAACAGACAAUAUUUUAUUUUGGAGAUUAACCAGACCUUAAGUGUGAAUUCCAGCAAACUUCUGUUGCAGAGAUGCACGAGAUACACAGUUCAAGUUGAAAAAUGUCCAGACAGAUACCUUACUAUUCACCUGACAGCAAGCACAUCUGCAAAGUUGUGCUGGGACAACUCAUGCUGUGCUAAUGUGACUGUGAGCUGCAAAGGUUUAGCCUUUGUAGCCUUUGUAGAAUUAAAUAAAACUUGUAAAGAGCUGGACUCUUUAUCACCCAACCAUGAGUACAAUUGCACUGGUACUGCAUUUUUUGAAAAUGAGACUGUCAACCAAGCCUUCAGCAUAGCAACAGAUUAUGGUGGAAAUGUAUCAGUUACAUGGAGGGAACCUAGUGACACUUCAAAGGGCCCAAUAGAUGGCUACGGUGGUGGACAUGCAGAACAGAAGUAUGUAUAUGCCCCCUUCAAGGCAGAAUAUGUCACAACAACUAAAUUUAUUUGCCAAGAAUUAGAACCUUAUACGAAUGGUUCUGUGAGUGUGACUCCAUAUACAAACAGCAAAUAUAAUGAUAGACAAUAUGUGGGAAGAACUGGAAGAUAUAACUUUACAACAAAAUCAGCAGAACCACAGCCAGUGACUGAUGUUAAUGCAAUAUUGACAGCUGAUAAUGCUGUCCACAUUAAGUGCAAAAGUCAGCAAGUGUAUGGACCAAAACAAGAAUUUGAAUUGACUUGGGAAAAUGAUGGAACACGGUACAAGAGGUCUGAGUGUGAUUUUAAAAAAGAAAAUCUGUUGUACUUGACAAACUAUACAUUUCAGAUCUUAGUGAAUAAUGGAGACUAUAAAGGGCAGCCAGUAAAGAGGAGUAUAAGAACCAGAUAUAACUCUAAAGCCUUGAUUAUAUUUUUGGUGUUCUUGAUCAUUUUGACAUCAAUUUCUUUACUACUGGUGCUGUACAAAAUCUAUGACCUUCACAAAAAAAGCUCAGAUGUUUUUGCUUCUUACAGCAAUUCUUCUGAAGGCGUGAACCUUGUUACAGUUAAAGAUGAUGACAGGCAACUUCUGAACAUAGACCCAAUACCUUCAGAGCAAUUGCUGGACACGUACAAGAGGAAGAUUGCUGAUGAAGGGAGACUUUUCUUGGAUGAAUUUCAGAGUAUUCCUAGAGUUUUCACUAAAUUCUCAAUAAAGGAGGCCAAAAAAAGCCAUAAUCAGAACAAAAACCGUUACAUUGAUAUCCUUCCAUAUGAUCAUAAUCGUGUUGAGCUCUCAGAGAUCCCAGGGGACCUAGGAUCAGAUUACAUCAAUGCAAGUUAUAUUGAUGGCUUCAAAGAACCAAGAAAAUACAUUGCUGCACAAGGGCCCAAGGAUGAAACCACUGAUGAUUUCUGGAGAAUGAUCUGGGAACAGAAGGCAACAGUUAUUGUUAUGGUGACUCGUUGUGAGGAAGGGAAGAAGAACAAAUGUGCCCAGUACUGGCCAUCAAUGGAGAAUGGAUCUGCAACAUAUGGGGACAUAGUUGUGAAGAUCAAUGAAAGUAAAACGUGUCCAGACUAUGUCAUUCAGAAACUACACAUCUCACACGGAAGAGAAAGGACAGCUGGAAGAGAAAUCACUCAUAUUCAGUUCACAAGCUGGCCUGACCAUGGUGUCCCUGAGGAUCCACACCUCCUUCUCAAACUCCGACGCAGAGUUAAAGCUCUCAGCAACUUUUUUAGUGGCCCAAUAGUGGUUCAUUGCAGUGCUGGUGUUGGGCGCACUGGGACAUACAUAGGAAUUGAUGCCAUGCUGGAGGGCUUGGAUGCAGAAGGCAGAGUGGAUGUUUAUGGCUACGUUGUGAAGCUACGGAGGCAGCGCUGCCUCAUGGUUCAAGUAGAGUCACAGUACAUCCUUAUCAAAGCACUAGUGGAAUACAACCAGUAUGAAACAGAGGUCAGUCUCUCAGAACUGCAUUCCUAUCUUAACAAUCUGAAAAGAAGAGAUCCUCCAAGUGAUCCUUCUCUGCUGGAGGCAGAGUUUCAGAGAUUACCUUCCUAUAAGGGAUGGCGGACACAAACUGGGAAUCGUGAGGAAAAUAAAAGUAAAAAUAGGAAUGCCAACAUAAUUCCAUAUGACUUUAAUCGAGUGCCCAUCAGACAUGAAGAUGAAAGCAUUAAGGAGAAGCAACAACAUGAUUCAGAUGCUUCCUCAGAUGAGGACAGUGACUUUGAAGAAUCCAGCAAGUACAUCAAUGCUUCCUUCAUACCAGGUUACUGGGUCCAAAAGCAGAUUGCAACAGGCACCACUGCAGGAGAAUCUGACUUCUGGCAAAUGGUUUUCCAAAGAAAUCAAGUCAUUGUUAUGCUGACAGAGCUGAAAGAAGAGAUCGGGACUCUGUGCACAGUCUGGGGAGAAGAAAACAUAUGAGUAUAGAAGUUCAAAUGGACAGAUGUCAAUUCUUGCCCUAGCUACACACGAGCAUUUGAUGUUUACCAUCUGAAGGUAAAAAGAAACACAGAAGGUGAUCAGUAUCAGUAUCAUAAAUGGAGUGGCUUCGAUGUUCCAGAAAAUCCCAAAGAUUUAGUCAGCAUGGUCCAUCUGAAACAGAAAAUCCCAGCCAGACCAUCCGAGGACAAGAGCAUCCGCAGUCCACUUGUCGUCCACUGCCAUGAUGGAUCACAGCAGACUGGUGUAUUUUGUGCUUUAAUGACCCUCUUGGAAAGUGCAGAAAUAGAAAAAGUAAUAGAUGUUUUCCAAGUAGUAAAAGCUCUACGUCGCACCAGGCUGGGAAUGGUCUCCACCUUUAGACAUUACAAUUCCUUGUAUGACCACCAUUGCAGUACCUACCCUGCACAGAAUGGACAAAUAAAGAAGAACAGCCACCAAGAAGAUAAAGUUCAGUUCGGUAGUGAAGUAGAAAAAACACGAUAAGGGAAGAUGGGUUUGAUCACUAUUGAUCUUAGCCAUCAACAGCAGACAAAAAAAGAGAUUUCUGAAGUAUAUGAUGAUUCUAAGGCUGCAGACAGCACGAGGGGAACAGAAAGCUCUACAAACGGCCCCACAAGUCCCGUUCUAACUUAGAUGCUA